UGUUCUGUCAGUGGUCAUCAUAAUCUGUUUUUCACUUGAAUUUUCCAGCUCAAGUCAAAGCAAAGGUUCAAAAAUAGUAAAUAACUAUUAAACCGAUCCCUGGUCUUCAUUUAUUAGGCAAUUGCAUCAUGAAUUACCUAAAUAUUUCCUUAGUAUUUAUUUUUAUAUUCCAAGCUGCACAAGCAGAGUGGAACACCCAAGAUUUCUUGAAAAGGGAGCAUACCCUCAUUAGGCCCUAUUAUGGUUCAGGAAUAGAUAUUCCUUAUUGGCAGUUUACCGGGAGCACUAUAGUUACCCCAAACUAUAUCAGGUUAACUGCAGACCUGCCAAGCAAGUCUGGUGCUAUAUGGAACACUAUGCCAGUUUUUAAUGCAAACUGGGAGCUCCAAAUACAGUUCAAAGUGCACGGAACAGACAAAGAAUUAUAUGGUGAUGGCAUGGCCAUAUGGUAUACAAAAGAUAGAUUGAAAGAAGGACCUGUGUUUGGCAGCAUUGACUACUUUAAUGGUCUAGCUGUUAUGUUAGAUACUUACUCUAACCACAAUGGUCCACAUAGUCAUGGGCAUCCAUACAUAUCAGCCAUGGUAAACAAUGGGUCAAUACAUUAUGAUCAUGAUCGUGACGGCACCCAUACUCAAUUAGCUGGUUGUACUGCUAAGUUUAGGAAUGUAAAACAUGACACUCAUAUUGCUAUUCGAUAUGAAAAUGAUGUGCUUACAGUAUCAACUGAUAUCGAAAACAAAAAAGCAUGGAAUGAAUGUUUCAAGAUCGAAGGUGUUCACUUACCCACCGGGUAUUACUUAGGAUUAUCAGCCAAAACUGGAGAUUUAUCUGAUAAUCACGACGUAUUGUCUGUCAGGCUGUUUGAUCUAGACAUGCCAGGAGAUCCGAGGGUCUCAGAAGACAGAACUCACAUUAUACCAUCAGCUAGUAAGUCAGAACCGGUAAGGGACCAUGUGGAGGAUGAAAAACCUUCAAUGUCAAAGAUCACCAUUGCCAUUUUGGUUUUUUUGGUGUGCUCCAUAACGGUCGUUUGUGCAGUUGUAUGUUAUGACCAGUGCAAGGAAAAGGUGUCAAAUAAGAAGCGUUUUUAUUAAGUAAUUAUUGUAAUUUUCUAUUUUAUGGUGUACAAUUUUUAUAAGACUGUAUAGUAAUGCAAAACUCUAUUAGGUGUAAAUAAAUGGAUGUUUGUUUA